AUGGAGAGAACGCACCAUUCUCCUUACACCAACCACCAAACAACAAGCACACCACAAAGCAACCACACAUACUCCGACUCCGGUGAGGGCUGUGAAGUCGAGGAUAAGUGGGCACCACGACUUCUUCGAGAGUGUGCUCGAGCCAUCUACGUAAAAGACUCAGCCAAGAUCAACCACCUUUUAUGGAUGUUGAAUGAGCUAUCUUCGCCUUAUGGUGAUUGUGAUCAGAAACUAGCUUCGUACUUCUUGCAAGCACUGUUUUGCAAGGCUACGGAGUCUGGACCAAGAUGCUACAAGACCUUGGUUUCGGUUGCUGACAAGAGCCACUGCUUUGAUUCUGCCAGAAAACUCAUACUUAAAUUCCAGGAGGUUUCUCCUUGGACUACUUUUGGCCAUGUUGCAUCAAAUGGUGCUAUAUUGGAGGCCUUUGACGGUGAGACCAAACUUCACAUAAUUGAUAUAAGUAACACACUUUGCACCCAAUGGCCUACUUUGCUGGAAGCUUUAGCGACUCGGAGCGACGAAACUCCUAGCCUAAAGCUCACUGUAGUUGUCACAGCCAGCUUAGUGAGAUCUGUUAUGAAAGAAAUCACUCAAAGGAUGGAGAAAUUUGCUCGUUUGAUGGGUGUUCCCUUUGAAUUUAACGUAAUUACUGGAUCAAAUCGGUUACUAGGACAACUUACCAAAGAAGAGUUAGGUGUCCACGAAGAUGAAGCUAUUGCGGUGAAUUGUAUUGGGGCAUUAAGAAGAGUUGAGGUUGAAGAAAGGGAAGAUGUGAUUCGGCUAUUCAGCUCUCUAAAGCCUCGAGUCGUGACCAUAGUUGAAGAAGAAGCUGAUUUUGCAAGCUCCCGAAGUGACUUCGCCAAGUGCUUUGAAGAGUGCUUAAGGUACUACACUUUGUACUUUGAGAUGUUAGAAGAGAGUUUUACUCCCACGAGUAACGAGAGGUUGAUGUUGGAGAGGGAGUGCUCACGGAGCAUCGUCAGGGUCUUGUCUUGCGAUGACACACAGAAUAUCGGCUCUGGAGACUGUGAGAGGAGGGAGAAAGGAAACCAAUGGUGCCAGAGGCUAAAGGAGCAAUUUUCCCCAGUAGGUUUUAGUGAUGACGUGGUGGACGAUGUAAAGGCCUUGCUUAGAAGGUACCGGGCCGGAUGGUCUCUUGCCCUUGAUCAAAUUGGUUCGAAUACAGACUCAGGAAUCUACUUGGCUUGGAAAGAAGAACCAGUUGUCUGGGCUUCAGCUUGGAAACCCUAA